AUGCUGCGCCGGCCUGACCAGGACGCCACACGGCUGGCGCUCUACCCCAGCCUUGACUACACUGGACUGCACCGUGCGCUGGUUCAGCUGUUCGACAUCGUCCCACUCCUACAGUACGGCGUGCACGGGUUCGGCCAGUCGCUGUUGCACACCAUGUCGUGCCUGGUGCCGUUUCUGGAGCACAGCCUGAUCGACACGCUGCCCUACCUGGUGGCCUCCAGCCUGGCCACGUUCCCCGUGUCGCUGCACCGGGACAUCGUCAACACACUCUGCCAUUACCUGCUGCCGUUCACGCUCAGCCCUGAUGUAGAGAAUUAUACUUCAAGCUCCAUCACGGCCAUCGUCAUGGUGGUGUUCCAGUAUACUGACGUCACAGCGCUGCACUGCCAGCUGCUGGAGACGGUGAUGUCGCGUCGGCGCAUGGUGAUUCGCGACCUGUUCUGCAUCAUCGCGCACGGCACGGUCAGCGCCCGGCUGCCGGCCGCCCACCUGCUCUUCCACUACUGGCCGGCGCUCAAUCCGUCGUCUGCCGACCGGCGCGGCCACCUGCUCAAGUUCACAGCUCUGCUACGUCACAACCACCACCACCUACUCGUCUUCUAA